AUGGACCUUAGUCAGGCUGUUGAGUGGAGCCGUGAGGAGAAUGUGGAGUUGUGUCAUGCCAUUUUACUUAGCAGAGUGCCAUUGGAGGCCACUGAUGAUGUGGUUAGCCGUGUGCUCAGCACAGUUAAGGUUCUGGGUAGGACCCGGAUACGCGGUCGCCGUGGUGACAAGACUGGUAGGCACCUGUACAUUUUAGUCGAGACUUCUGCUGAGUUGGAUCAGAGCUCUGUCCCUCCUGAAGUGGGAAUUGUAGGUGAGGCAGGUCCAUGGGCUGUUCAUGUAGUGAGUAGUUUGCUGCCUGCUAGUCCUGUUCUUGAAAGUGAUGGAUUCGAAGCCAAGCUGUUUUCAUUAUUACAGCAGGAAGGCAAGUCUAUGGGUGAUGUGAAGGCUGUUUUGGGCACGCAGCCUCCUAAACCUGAUGUCAGCAUGGAUCUUGUGAAUGCCAUAGGCCAGCUCGUUGAUCGCUGUAACCAGGCAUCUGAUGAUGUGCCUGGCUAUAGAAAACUGAGGCUGUUUUCCGGUUUACGGCCCGUUCCCCCAGGUGAGGAAGAAUAUGAGGCCUGGAUGGAGCAGGCUACUCAGAUGAUUACUGAGUGGCAGUGCAGUGAUGCUGCUAAGCGACAGCGCAUUGUUGAGAGUUUGCGUGGGCCUGCUGCGGAUAUAGUAAGGUUUUUGAAAGUCAGUAGCCCAUCUGCUACUGCUACUGAUUACUUAACCGCUCUUGACACUACUUAUGGAUUGACUGAGAGUGGGGCAGACCUUAUGGCAUCGUUUCGCCAUACUUUUCAAGAAGAUGGUGAGAAACUUUCUGCUUUCUUGUAUCGCUUGGACAAGCUUCUCCACCGUGCUCUUUUGAGAGGAGGGAUUGAAGCUGCAGGCCUGAAUCGUGCACGUCUGGAGCAGUUGUUCAAGGGUGCUCUCACCACUGACAUUGUGGCUUUACGUGUGCGACUUCUGCACACUUUGCAAGCUCCGCCUUCUUUUUCCCAGUUAAUGCGAAAUGUGAGAGAGGAAGAGCACUGGGUAAGUGCAAGGGAGAGUGCAAAGGUUUCUGUGGCCUCAUCUACAUUUUGCCAGGUUCCUGUGACUGCUGCUGUCGCUCUUCCUCAUGUGCCUGUUACUCCCCUGGCGUCUGAGGUUGACAGUCUGAGGAAAGAGGUCAAGGAGCUGACGUCUUUAGUAACUAAACUUUUGACUGCUACUACCGUGGCUCCUGAAAAUCCUCAAGUCUCACAGUUUGGUGUAAGCCACAGCACAGAAACCACAGCCCCAGCUGUUCCCACAAGGGCUGUUUCUUCGAACCUGCCGAAGUCUACGACAUCCUCUUCUGUUCCUGCCAUUUUUUGUUACAAGUGUGGAGAAGACGGCCACACCAAGCGAGAGUGCACACGUCCUGAGAACUUGAGGGUAGUGAAUCAGAAGCUGCUUAAGAGGGUCACGCAGCAGGGAAACUUCCCCGGAGCUCAGUGA